GAGAUGCAAACUGAAAAUUAUAAAAACAAAAAAAUCGAACGGUUACGCCAACGUCUCCCUCUUUAUCUCAGUUCCUUGUAUCUUCCGAAAGAAAUGAAGACGUCUUUGAAAGGCAGAUACAAAAAUGAUGAGAGCACCGCCUUCAUUACCGUUGCCGUCAACGCCGGCGACGUCAAGCUACUCGCCUCCAUGAGUGAUGCCAACAUCAUCAGAGGUCCCAGGCUCAACAAUUUAACUUUCACCAUUGAAAAACCUGGCUCCUUCAUUAUCGACUAUGAUGUCCCCAAUAAGGAUUUUCGGUUUCAGUUUAUGAACUCGAUCAGGGUCGGGGAGAAACCGUUGAAGCUGACCUACAAUCACGACCAUGGAGGUCACCGGACAGUAAUGGACGGCGCAUUGGUUUUAGAUCCUGCAAACAAAGUGUCGGCUAGUUACAUUUUCGGCACGAGGAACGUGAAGGUCAAAUAUAGUUACGUGCAUGGCGGGGAUUCUACUUACGAGCCAUGUUAUGAUCUGGGAAACAAUGUGUGGGAUUUCUCUGUUUCGAAAAGAUUAUGUGACGACGUUUUUAAGGGGACGUAUCAGUCAUGGACUCGGGAUUUUGCAUUGGAGUGGUCCAGAAAUUCCAAGUUCAAUGGGAAAUUUAAGAUCUCAGCAACCGUCAAUCUGGCUGGAGAAUCUAAGGUGCCUAAAAUAUUUGCAGAGAGUACUUGGGAUUUGGACAUGUGAUUCGUUCUUUUUCAU